AUGGCGCGCCCGUUCCCGUAUACUUUUAUCUCCUGCCCUUGCGCAGAGAAUCGCCUCUCCGGACAGCCUACAAACAGAUUAUCCAGAGAUCUUUCAAAUCUCUCACUUGCGCAGGCAGAUGACGAGGACGACGAACCGACCUUCGAUCCCCGAUCCCCGCAGGCGAACUAUUCUCUUUACCCGCCGGAACACCUCUUAUACUGCGAGGAUUGCCACCAAAUAAAGUGCCCACGAUGUAUUACAGAAGAGAUUGUCUGCUGGUAUUGUCCCCACUGCUUAUUCGAGACGCCGAGCAGUAUGGUAAAGAGUGAAGGCAAUCGAUGUACUCGCAACUGCUUCAAUUGCCCAAUAUGUACGUCACCUUUGGCAGUAACAACAAUUGGAAAUGGAGAUGGAAAUGUGAAUGCUCAGAGCGGUCCCUGGAUUCUGACUUGCAGCUACUGCAUGUGGACGACGCUGGAUGUCGGGAUUAAGUUUGACAAACCGACGAACAUUCGCGCACAGCUAUCCUCACUUACUAAAAAGUCCGAACGAAGAUUGUCAGUAUCUAGACACUCUCUGAAAUCGCCGCUGGCUAGCUCUUCUUCCCUACAAGAUAUACCUGAUGAGCCGACUUCUCAAGACGGGCCAAAAGUACAUAAGCCGCCCGUAGAAGAUGGCAGCACAGCUCUUGAUUCUACAGCUCGUUUUGCAGCUUUGAAAUCAUUCUAUCGAAGUCAGCUCGCGGAAACUUCGUCAUCACCCACAGACCCGUUGGCCGGAUCGGAGCCUGGUUCAUAUUCAUCACCCACCGCGCUGAGUCGCAUUAUGUCUCUAUAUACUUCGGGAUUAGGUGGUCUGCAUGGCGGUGGUGCCAAAAAGGCCAAAGCCAAGCCACCGGUUAUGCGUGAAGCCCUGACUUCAUCUGAAGGGCUACAUAUUCCUGCCCCCGGUGUUGAGGACGCCAUCGUACAAAAGAUGGCAACUGAAGGAUGGGAAGGCCUCGCUUCAACGGAGCAGCGUGCAUUCCAAGCGCCAGGGACGCGAUUUGUGGAUGAUCUACGGCCUCUCCCCGUAUUUCUUCGCACCAAACGCUCCAAGCGUUGUAAGGCGUGCAAACAUAUCCUCGUCAAGCCAGAGCUCAAACCCCAAUCGACACGAUUCCGUAUUCGUCUCAUAGCAAUAAGCUAUAUUCCAUUAACGAGUCUUCGGCCUAUCGUUCCCCUACCACCUUCACCACCUGUCAACCUAGACGCUCUUGAACCCCUUAAACCGAUACAAUUACUCCUUACGUUAAAAAAUCACAUGUUCGAUUCGAUACGUGUUACCUUAGCCACACCAAGCGUAACGCCUGGCCGUGUGGAAUCUAGAGUGACCAUCCUUUGUCCUCAAUUUGAGGUUGGCGCAAACACAGAUGUGUGGGACGAAGCCCUCCAGUCGAGUAGUGCUCCAGACCCACGUUCGUCGAAAUCAGGAGUGGAAAAGGUUGCCGAAGCGGGCAAAGUCUGGGACAGAGGACGCAAUUGGUCAACCGUGGCUAUGGAGGUUGUGCCGGGAUCGCUACUAGAGGCAUUUGAGAAGGAUCGCAUGAAAGAAGACGAAGAUGUGCUUGAAAUUCCUAUUUUUGUCAGACUUGAAUGGGAGGCAGAAGGCGGCAAUGAAGACUUGGGGUUUUCCUCAAAACCUGAUAGUAAAAAGGCGGAUGUGGAAAUGGUGAAAAGGGAGUUGGCAUAUUGGAUGGUACUUGGAGUUGGGAGAAUAGUCCCUACUGGCAGUAGCGAAAGUUAA